CAGAGGGCGAUAUAAUGGACUCAGUUUCAUUAGUUUCGUUUUUACCUAAAGUUUGACAGAAAUAGAAAGUGAAAGUGAUGCUGCCAUAGUCGAGUCAAGUCGCGUCUUUUCCAUAGUAUUUUCCCGAAGGCUGUGGAUAGUCAAUGAGAUCGAUUAAGGAGAAGAACCCCUUGGACUUCUCAACUCAACAACAGUAGUCCAGCAAUCUAUGAGCUAAAACGAUAGCCCUGAUGGCAGGAAGCAGUUUCUCAAUGUUCCGCCGUAGUUUGAGUCUACCUUUCGGGAGUAGGUUACAAGGCCUGAGAGGUCUGAUGAACUAUGGCCUGUCAUGCUGUGUGAACGCUCUGCUGCAGUCCUUCUCUGCCACCUGGGAACUGGUAGACCUGCUAGACAGGUGGAACCCAGUUGAUAAGUACAAGGAGAGUGUCCCUCUGCAGCUGAGGAAGGUGCUACAAGCCAUGCAGAGUGACCAGACCCAGCCUGCUCCUCAUCAAGACUUCCUGCACUGCCUGGACAGAAAUUACAUCCGCCUCCAUGUUCAGCAUGAUGCAGAUGAGGUAUUCCUCUCCAUUCUAAACCUUAUCCAACAACAGAUGAGUGACAAGGCCUUGGCUCAGGAGAUUCAGUCUCUGUACAAGGUUACCAUGGAGACGUACCUUCAGUGUCUAGAAUGUACAUACAUCGAAUCUGGGACCAGCUUUCUGCUCAGCCUCCCCAUGCACUUAAAGGACAGCCACAACACCCUGGAGGACUGUAUACGGUUAGUCUUUGAGCUUCAGGUGCUAAGGGACAGGGAUAACUGCUACUGUGAGAGGUGUGGAGAGAAGAAGCCAUCCAAACAGGGCUACAAACUCAUCUCCCUGCCCCCUGUCUUGUGUCUUCACCUGAAGAGAUUCCGUAAUUACCGUGGUUACACCAGGAAACUACACUGCAAAGUCACCUUCCCAGAAACCCUGAACAUUUCUGAGAUCUUGACAGCAGAGGCACUGUCACAAGGUUAUGUACAGAGUGACAGCCAGUAUAGUUUGUAUGCAGUCAUAGUGCACUCUGGCGAUGCCAUGUUUGGACACUACACAGCGUACGUUCGUCACAAGAAGGACCAGAGCUGGUACUACGCUGAUGAUAGUAAUGUACGGCAGGUUAGCUGGGAGGAAGUACAGAAAACCUAUGGAGGAAGUCAAAAAGAAGGCACAGCAUAUAUGCUGCUCUACAGACGAACCCCAGAGGGUAAACAACAGGAGUGGUCCUCAGGCUGACGGCGCUAAAGGGAUAAAGAGUGGAGACUGGAGACCAUAGGAAUCAAGGACCAAACACAAGGUGCACUCACUGCAGGGUGAACUACCUAUUUUAGGGGUUGUUGUCUUCAUGUAGCAUUGGUGAUAGAAUUUAGGUUGAUGAUUUUCAUUUGAUGGGUAAUGGGUCAUUGUUUAUGUGCAAUUACAUUUAUUUGUUUAAGUAUAUUUGGUGUGGUGUGUAUAUGUUUUGAGAUAUUGUUUAUGCUGGAUACGUUGGACAUUCAUAGCGCCUUACUGAGUUUAGCCAAUAGGUGGAGGCAAAAACCCUUCACCCUGUCAUUAGUACAGUCAUCUUGUAAGAUUCAGAGACCGCACUUUCUGAAACCACUAUAAGACGGGUGGUUUGAAGAGAGUGCUGAGUUGAGGUAUUUUGGGGGAAAACCUGAAAAAGGCCAUUGACUCAUUGGUGAUAAUAUUUGCCUGAUAUGGAAAACAUGUGACUCACCUUGUUUCAGAACAAUUGGUUAAUACAGUAGUUAACGGUACUCUGUUCUGUUUUGAUUUCACUACCGAUAUAAUGCUGUCAACAGAGCAAUAAACUGUCAUUUUCACAGCUAG